AUGCCCGAACGACAGAUCCAGCUCGUCCGCCUCGCGCACGUGUUCUACAAGCACAAGAACAUUGAGGCCGCCCGCCGGUUCUACGACGACUUUGGAUUCUUCGAAAUCGAGCGCAGGGGCAACAGGACGUACUACCGUGGCUACGGCGCCGAGCCCUUCGUGUUGUGCGCCGAGGAGGCCGCCGAAGACGAGUUCGGAGGUCCGGCCUUCGUCGUCGAGUCCAUGGCGGACCUCGAACAGGCAUCCAAGACGCUGCCGGGCGCGACGGCCAUCUACGACCUCGAGGACGUGCCGGGCGGCGGCAAGUGCGUCACCUUCAAGGACCCGGUCGACGGCUGGUCGUUCCACCUCGUCCACGGCCAGACGCCUGUCGAGAGGAGGGACCCGGGCUUCCCCAACCUCAAGUUCAACUUUCCGACAGAGAAGCACCGCGACGUCAACCAGAAGCAGCGCUUCACGAAACGCCCGGCGCCGGUGCACAAGCUGGGGCACUUUGGCGUGUGCCUGACCAACUUUGACAAGGCGUACGAGUUCUACACGAGCAAUUUCAACCUCUUUCCCAGCGAGCUCGUGCACGCGCCGGACGACAAGGACAAGAAGGUGACGGUCUUCUUCCGCCUCGCGCGCGGCAAGGAGUACGUCGACCACCACUGCUUCUUCUUCUUCGAGGGCCCCAAGUUCCACGUGCACCACUCGUCGUUCGAGACGCACGACUUUGACACGCAGGUGCUUGGCCACGACUGGCUGCGGCACCAGGGCCACAAGAGCUGCUGGGGCGUCGGCCGGCACAUCAUGGGCAGCCAGAUCUUUGACUACUGGUUCGAUCCUUCGGGCUUUAUCAUGGAGCACUACGUUGACGGCGACCUCCUCGACGACUCGGAGGACACGCACUAUAACCCCGCGUCGCCGGACAACCUGCACGUCUGGGGCAAGUCCACCUCUCCUCCCCUUUUGCUCGGUGUUGUGAAUCGUCGUGCUGACCGCUUUCCAGGGCCCGAGGUGCCGGCCGAUUUCUUGCAAUGA